AAUCCAAUGCCAACAUUGGUAUUGAUACUAUAUAUUUGGAAUGGUCCUCCCAACAUAUAAAAAAAAUUUCAAAUAUAAUACAUUUUUAAAAAUGAUACAUUUUAACCGCUAACUAACAUACAUUUUGUCAUGGCCUGGGUCUAGGGACCCAGGGCUCAUGUAUGCUUAGUGUAUGUUUAUGUUUAUAUUUUCCGUGUGGUGUUUGGUUUGCUCUCCUUUUUCUCCAUGUUUCUCCGUGUGAGCUUCCGGAGGUUUUGGUUCGCUGAGGAGACUGCGAACCCGGAAGUGUUUCUGCUCUAGAGACAGCCACACCUGCCGCUCGUCGUCCUCUGCCAGCUGCAGUAGAUUACGCUCGUCGAGGGAGCGGCAUUUAAGACUGUAGCUGAGCUGAGGCCGACGCUGGAUCCUUGAGUCAGAACUCGAAUCUGGAGCGGAGUGUGCUUUGAGGUCACGGUGUGGGAAUAGGAGUUUUUUGGAGUCGCCACUUUUCACUUUUCACGGACAUCUGCACUGUGUGGGAUUCAGGGAGAAUCGCCACGGGACCACAGUGCCUGGAUUUUGUAUAUAGUCGUGCGUUUUCCACCCCCUGUAAAUAAAUCCACUGUCCUUCACUAGAGUCUCGCGUUUGGGCCCUACUUUCACUGCCACUCCACGGUCUGCCAUUGCAGCCUGUGACAGAAGGAUCCAGCCAUCAUGGGCCCAGCGGACUCAAGGACCGUCUCACAGGAAGAGUUGCUUGCCCAGCUCUGGAGUUACUGUCGGAGCAUUCUCCAGGGGGCAGAUCCUCAUCAGAGACACUUACAGGUCGUAUUUUUUGAUUCCUUCCUAUCAUCAACCACCUUAUCUGUGAGCUUUUUGGACACUAAGAGACUAAUUUCGAUUAUAACCAUGCUGAGGGCAAGUUCCUGCUUUGAGCUUUUUGGUUUUGGCUGUCCGGGCGAGGAGGAUGUGGCGACCUCCCUGGAAGCCCUUGCUGCCUAUUUGUUUUUUCAUAGGCAGAUAGCUUCCCCACCGUCGUUUGCGGCUCACUUGUUGGACCCUCCAUUGCGGGAGAAACAGUUCACACGCCCUCUGCACCUCACCACAUCUCCACUCACCUCCGCGGCAUCUGCUGAGUCAGCAGACAAAGGACCGGCAGCUCAAAACCACACAGCUGCUCUCCUGUCCGGCCGACUGGUGGAACCUCAGCCUGUCGCGCCGGCCCCGGCAUCAUCAAAGAAGCGACGCUUGCGCCGCCCCUCACCGCCGCCAGAUUCCCUGACUUUCCCUCAGCCAAUUGUGGUGAGUCAUAUGGACAAUUCAUCUUCACUCACCUCAUCUGUUUAUUCACUGGACUGUGUGAACGCUAACCUCGUAGCACAGCCUGUAGCCCUUGCACAGCCUGUAGCAGCUGCCCAGCACGUAACUCAGUCAGCUGCCCAGCAAGUAACUCAGUCUGCUGCCCAGCUAGUCACUCAGUCAGCUGCCCAGCACGUAACUCAGUCUGCUGCCCAGCUAGUCACUCAGUCUGCUGCCCAGCACGUAACUCAGUCAGCUGCCCAGCACGUAACUCAGUCAGCUGCCCAGCACGUAACUCAGUCAGCUGCCCAGCACGUAACUCAGUCUGCUGCCCAGCACGUAACUCAGUCUGCUGCCCAGUCAGCCUCUCAUCUUUAUCCUCAGUUGGAGGUCGAUAGGCCUGCCGGACCUACUCUGCCAUCAUUUCACCCGGCUGUUGUUCCUGCAUCGCUGUCCAGUCUACCAUGAGAAGCUGCCACACCAUCAUCACCUCCGCCCUCUGCAGCUACUUCUUCACCAGCGUUCCAUCAGACUGCAGCGACCGCAGCGCUCUCGGCUUCACCAUCCACAUCACCUACUCUACCAUCAUCUUCACCAC